AUGGGGGCCGGUAGGUGCGAAGGAGAUAGUGCACUAUCUGACGAAAUUGAGACAAUUCUUACUCAAUCUAUGUCUCCAGCACACACAGAACGUAUUCGUGUUAAACCGCUUCCUGUUUCUGACUCUAAGUCAAUAAAUUCUAUUCAUUUAAGCCAGCAUUCAUCACAUCAUUAUAGUCAGCAGAGUCUUCGUUCUGGCUACAGACCACAAUCAACCGUACCAGUAGACGUUCUGACAGCUGUAAUUGCUGAUAAUCAGGCUAAUCAACGCGAAAUGCUUCAGGCUGUAAUGACGUUAGCAAAACAAGUGGCUUCUACUCCACCACCAGCCUCUUCCCAACCGGUUUUGACACCAUUAGUUUCUUCUCCACCAAGUACUCCUCCCAUUUUAAGUGCGUCAGCUGUUGUCCCCUUGGUAGAUUCAGAAAAUGAAGAAGUACGACUGUUGAAAAGUCAGUCAGAACAACAAAAACAACGUUUACAUGAACAAGAAUUAGUAAAUAAAAUUACGAAAGAAAUGUAUGAGCGACAGUUGCAAGGAGCUCGUUCUAUGAUCGACAGCCGUCUUUCUGUCGAUAUCGCUGAUAAACCGAGUCGAGAUUGUACAACACAAACUCCUCCAUUAGCUGAAUUUUCAAAUAUUCCUCCUGCCACUGAUAUGAUCGUAAAACCAGAACCAAUCCGAGUUCAGAGUGUCGUUUUGUCUCCAAAAAUAUCACCACCAAAAGGAGAAAGAGUUAGUUUUCAGGCAGCAACAGUUUCGAGUCCCAAUACAUUAAUUUCAGCCGCAGCGUCUCUUGUCAUAACUGCACCCGACUCAACAAAUAAAUUUUCUGGUAAGACUAAUGAGGCUCCUGUUCGUUUCUUGCAUGACUAUCGUCAGCAAGCGCUGAGUAUGUUUAAAUGGACAGAAAGUCAAAUGUUAGAUUCAGUCGGACAAUGGUUAAGUGGUGGAGCAGCUGAAUGGUUUUCAUUACUGAAGCAAUCAAAUGAUUUUCCACAGACAUGGGAUGAAUUUAAAAAGAUUUUUCUUUCGAGAUUCCGUUCGCCUGAAAGAGUUGAAACAUUGAAACUUGAGCGUAAGAAUUGUAUGCAACGAGAAGGAGAGUCAGUAGUAGAUUUCUAUCAACGUUAUCGUAGUUUAAAUAUCGAAAUUGAUCCUUUAACUUCUUCAGAAAAGAUGACAAAAGGUUUUCUUAGAAAAAUAAAUGCCGACAUUGAAAUUCGAAUGGCGAGUAAUGUCGAAGGUACGUUAGAAGAUGUUGUGCGUCGUGCCGAAGCCGCCGAAUUAGCUAUUCUUCAUCGGAAACAACAAGAGCGUCGAGCCAAUAGAGGGAAAUCCCCAGCACCAGCUGUUGUCGCGCCGCUAACAACGUCAGCCGAAAAUGCUUCUUCUUCUGUUCCCAUGUUAGCUAAACAUUUUGAAUAUAUGGCUAGUACGACCGUUGAACAUAAAAAUGCAUCUUUUCCACCAUCAGCAGAUCCGCUCGCUAAACAAAAUCUGUCUGAUAAGGCAAAUAAAAAUUCGAAUUCAUAUUCUCGCCGAUCAUCACGUCUUUAUUCAAACCGUCCAUGUCAAUGGUGUGGGCAAACGGGUCAUCAACCCAAUUUAAAUGAUUCACCCGCAACGAAUAAACUAUCUCCAUCAUCCGAAUUCGUAUUACCGUUUUCUUCGUCAAUUAGUGAUAAGGAUUCAGGACAAAUUUCUUCUAGUAGUGAUUCUAGAACUUCCUUAUCCAGUUGUCAGGAUGAAGUAAGAGUAGAAAGUUGUGUGACAGAUUCAGAGAAGUUGUGUGAAGAAGGACAGAAGUAUCUUCAACAGAAAUGCUUUGGCCGAAAUAAACGGCAUGCAAAAAGAAGAAAGUCUGGCAGUUUCGUAGUCAAUAUCAAUCAGGUAGGUAUUGAUCAGCCAUCAUCUCCUUCAUGUAAAGAACAACAAACCUAUCAAUUAGCACGUGGUUCCGUCGUUGCAAAAGGUAAGUUGAAUCAAGUUGAAGGUAUGUUUACAAUUGAUACGGGAGCUGGUAUGACGCUUGUAAGUCACCAUUACUGGAAGCUGAUCGGAAGAAGUGAGCAGAUAAGACCCUAUUCCGGCCCAGCUAUUGUUGGUGCGGAAGGUAGUUCCGUAGAACCAUUAGGAAUUAUAGACGCUGUUAUCACACUAGCAGAUCACGCGAUAAGUUUUCCCGUUGUUCUUGCGCGUAAGUUUAAUCAACCACUUUUGAUUAGCAAUGAUUUCAUGAAUUCUGCAGGAAUAGUGUUAGAUAUCAAAGGCAGUAGUCUUUGGCGUCGCGAUUGUCCGACAAGGAAGUUUCGGCUUUCUACUGAUCUCCUUCAGGCAGGAAAAUUAUCUAUUCCGGUUUAUGCCGCUAGACGUUUGAAAUUGUCACCUUAUAGCAAGGCCUAUAUUCCCGUUAGUUUGUCACAGGAUUAUGCAUCAUCAGAGUGGGAAGCAAGUUCAUCAGGUCUGCUUGGGCAUUUGGGUUUAGUGACAGCUAAUAGUCUAGUGACUGUAAAUAAUUUAAGUACAUCCGUCCUAUUACUAAUUUGA